GUUCAGUUUGUGGCGGGACUUGAUACUUAAGGCUUACUUCUGACUUGCACAUAUGUGACAAACUCCCACCUCUGGCAGGAUGACAGCACAACAACAUCCUGUGUGGAACCACUUCAUCCUGACGUUUCUCCAAAUAUGAACCCAGCAUACAUCCUGGUUCAUUCCGGGAAGGCUGACCCGGAUACUUUCUACUUGGAUCCAGACCGGGAGAUGAUCAUGGUGCUUGAUCUGGAGCCAGAAGACCAGAUACAAGAAUCAAAAUGUGUCGAGCCACCUCCAACACAGGAGGCGAUCCAAAACGGCGGAGGCGAGAGCAAGGACACGGAGAGCGAAGACUUCUGCGCCGUGUGUCUGAACGGAGGAGAUCUGUUGUGCUGUGAUCUUUGUCCCAAAGUUUACCACUUGGCCUGUCACGUUCCUUCCCUGCUUACCUUCCCAACGGGUGACUGGACAUGUACAUUGUGCAGGACUGACCACGACCCAGCUGAGAACUUCCGCCGCGAGGGAGUCAACGUUCCCUAUGCCCUGUCUCACCGUGACCAGAGGAGAUGUGAGAAGUUGACAUUACUGCUGUACGUUCACCCGCUAAGCGCUCCUUUCCACGAGCCCGUCAGUCGCCUGGCGAGGAACUACUACCAGGUCAUUAAGAGGCCUGUGGACCUGUCGCUGAUCCGCAGGAAGCUGGACAAGACUAACACCCUGCACUACUUCAUGCCAGAACUCUUUGUCCACGACGUCCUGCUCAUGCUCAAGAACUGUGCUACGUUUAACUAUCCCGACUCGGAGGUGGCCCGGGCCGGUCGGAACCUGGAGGUGUUUUUCCUGAGCAAACUGAGGGAGAUUUUCCCCGACAGGACCUUCCCGUCGGCCAACCAGGACAGGAUGGAGCGAGCUCGCCUGCGGUGGCGCCGUGAGGAAGAGGAGGGGGGAGGAAGGAGGAAGAGACGUGAAUCGUAAAGUAAUAAGCACUACUAUAUCGUACGCAUCUUAUUCAGUGAUCAGAAAGCAUCUUGAUUAAUCGUGACAUAUUUUAAGUUACCACAAUGCGUCUUAGCGUCGUAUAGCAUAACUGAAUGUAAAAUAUUUUGAGUAAUGUACUGUAAGUAAACACUAUAUGUAUCUUGUUGCAUUUUAUCAUAGCACAGGCUAGGAUACAUGUACAUGUGCGAUUAGCGAUUGAUUGUACUGUAUCAUGUCAUCAUUUAUUUAAAAUGUGUUGCAACAUUUUAGCAUAAUUCUCUGUUAACUGUAGGCGAUGUUGUUGUAAUGUUUCGUAUCAUAUUUUACAUUGGCGCCACGUAGCAUUCCAAAAACGAGCAGUAGGUUACUUGGCGUAGCUGGUAACAAAGUGUUUGGACUUAUUUUGCAGCUGUUGAACCAUGUUGGCAAUAGUUUGAGCAAAAGCCCCCUGCCAGUACAUAUACAAGUUCUUUAAAAUGAUAUAUUGAGUAUCAUUUUUUUGUGUGUGCUUCUUUUCUAAACUCUCUGAUCACGUAAAACCUACUUGUAGCUUAAGGCAUGAUACUGUCAAUUUGCUAUGUAUCAAAUCAUAAAAUUAAAACUUAAAUAUCUUAGCACACUGUAUUGUACUUGCCAGAACAGAACAUUUUGUAAUUUUCCAAAAAUGUAAAAUAGAAACACACGACUGUGCCAAAGCACAAAAUAUUAUAAUGCAUCGCAACCUGGCAAACUAAAAUGGUCCCAAACGUUGCUUUUCCAGUUUUUCUUUCAACCGUUUAAUUUUUUUUUCUCCCUUUGGUCGCUUUUCAAACAACUUACUUGGACGUAAGAUCAUUUGUCACAAAAAAGAGCCAUGAAAAGCCAUUCCGGUGGAGAAAGUGUUCUGAUAAGACAAAAUCUGUAAACGUUGGCUCUCAGAUCAGAGAAGAACAUGAAGGAGGGGGAGCAAGUGCGGAGCUUUUAAGGGUCUUUUGGAUCACGCUCAGAUACAUUUGAAAAGCAUAACAAAAUGUUGGGGGUUUUUAUCUCGAGUGCCUCAACUGGCUUUUAAUCCAUCCGGUAAACAGCUCCAUCCCAUUUCUUCUUGACCUGGAAUGUUUUCUGUUCGGACAUCAAAAGAACGAGUGUGGCCGCUGAAUGAGGAAGAUAAUGAAGAGGAAGAGCUACAUGCGUACGAGGAGAUUCACUCUACCUCCCUCACGUGUCAUUCGGGGUCACUCCUGCUCAUUUCCUCCCUGAGAAGCGGCGUUUAGAGAAGGGAUAAAUGGGGGAUGUUUAACUUGGACGUCACAUCUGUCUGUCUGCAAGCUAAGAAAAAAAAUGAUAAUCAGAGACUUGCGCUAUGACAAGGAUAAUAAAAAUGCAGAAAGAAAAGAAAACCAAUUCCCCCGUGUGCCCAAAUUUGGGGAUAAAGAGUUGAUUUUUGAACACAUAUACGGUAGAUUUUUGUACUGCUCUGGAGGUCACACGUGGCAGAUUAAACCUUUUGAGCAGAAUAAACACAAAAACAUGCCAGUCAGACUGCUGGCUGCACGCAUGAUGUAACCACUCUGCCAAUGUGUUGUUUGCAGGAUUUUUUUUCCCCGGCGUGUGCUUGACAUUUUAGGGAAAAAUAUCCAACUUUAUUCAUGUUGACUCUUUCUGGAAAAUAAGACUUUUUUGGGGUCUUGAAAAUGUGCAUCUUUUUUUUUGUUCGAAAAAAUGCGGGAAAUCAUGUUGAUAACACACUUUUUUUUAAAGUUGAAAAUUGAAAGAAUUUCUCAAAACUGAGGGAUGAUAUGUUGAAAAAUAAUACUUUUCGAAUGUAUGACUAUUAAGAUCGUGAUCGCUCGAAAAGUUUUUCUGGAAAUUCUUUAGACUUCAUCCUAAAAGUGUCCGAUUUUAUUUUAAGCUCAAAA